AGGGGUUCACAGAAUUAUACUAAUCCGCAUCCUUUUCGAUGCAUCCUCGGGGCGAUCUAAAUCAGGAGCCGUUGAACAAAGUGACGCCGCUCCUCCCACUUUUGACCGUAGGAUCAACAAACGAGACAGAAAGGAUCGCCUUGCCACGUGGCGCCCAAUCUGAGCCAUACACUGUAGAUCAUUAAAUUGGAAACUGGCAUGGGGCCUACUUUACUUCCUGACAGCGCCGUCUUGGAAUUGCGCUCUCCUCUCACCACCGAGCGAGUUACUUACUUCCCCCCUCUGUUCUCUCUCUCUAAAACCUCCAUUCUCUCUCUCUCUCUCUUUCUCGCUCUAAAACGCCAUUUUUCUCCUGUCGAUUCUGAUGAAGCUCGCUUGAAUAAUGCGAACAUUUCCAGAAUGUCGAUUGCUGUACGUUUGCCAGUUCAAAUUAGCUGCUGAUUCUAGCUUAAAUGCGUCGAUCAAAGCUCGAUGGUUGCCUGUUCGAGUUUGAAUUCUACGCAAGCAGAGGACGAGAACUGUUUCAGUAAUUGAAGAAGAAGAAGAAACAAUUCCAGUGAUUCAAUCAUUCAUGGCUGUUUCUCUUCAGUCUAAGCAUGAGGAGUGCGAGAUUGUUUUGCUUCCUUUGCCCCGGUCGUGCAGAGGAGACCCAUGACUAUAGCGCAGCACCACAGUUCUCUUGAAAUUCGUUGUCGUCACGAUAACCGGACCAUCCUGAUCAGCUGAAUCGAACGGUCCGGAUUUCAUCAGGACCCCUUCUGUCGCCUUGGGCAGUCUUCUUAUCAUCGACUGCCGACAACCGGCGCCGAGUUGGUGGGCUCGCCGUGGGGAGGUUGUCUUCAACGUCGCUAUUGCAAGGUCUAUGUUAGCGCGCGUGGAUAGCCUUAGCAGCAUGUGAAUGGGAGAACUUGAGAUAAUGGUUCGCGAGUGAGUUUCUUGCUUGUAAUGAAGUGUUUGUGCUGGAAUAAAUGAGGCUCGGAGCAACUGUACCCCUAGCUUUUCUCAUUGGCUUGAUCUGCGGUCUGCAAAUUCUUUGUGUGGCAGAUGAACUUUCUGAUACAUCCAAUACAAACAAGUGGAAGUGCACAUGUUCCGCAUAUCAGGGAAACCAGAGCUUUGCCACAAAAACCAACUGUUCUACCUCAUGUGAUUGCAGUCCUGCGGGGUCAAGUAAAGGUAGAUGGAUUUGCCUGUGUGGUGAGAAUGGAUUCCCUGAAGUAUCGGAUGACAAUCUCAGCAAGAGCUGUUUUACAGCCUGUAGAUGCACUUCUGGAUCAUCUGAUUCUCUGGAUUCUUCAAAGAAGCGUAUAUCCAGCAAAAUUGUUGUGGUCAUUCUGCUAGCAUGUCUGCUGCUCACAACUAUGGCAUUUAUUGCUUCAGUGGCAUGCUAUUUUUAUCGAAGAGGCAAAUAUCCUGAACAACGCCCUCUAUUCUCAAUGGAUCAAGAAACUAGUUUCAGCAGUGCUACAAAACUAAUAAGUCAAAGGGCUUCUUCCGUUACCGAUUCAAGAAUUUAUAUAGGCUCCCCUGUUAAGCCCGUCACAGGGCUCAUUUACAAGGCUUCAUUCCUAUUCAGACACAAAGGAGAAACAAUUGUUGGAACAGUUAUACAGUUUUCCUACUCUGAGUUGGAGCAUGCAACCAAUAAAUUCUCCAAUUCAAAUUUGAUUGGUGUUGGGGGCAGCAGUCAUGUUUACCGUGGUCAUCUUAAAGAUGGUAGAACUGUGGCAGUUAAGCGACUGAAGACUAAGGCAGGAGCACACUCAGAAGCUAUUUUCUUGACAGAGAUUGAAUUGAUAUCAAGACUCCAUCAUUGUCAUGUGGUGCCAUUGCUGGGCUUCUGCUCAGAAAACCGAGGAAAAAAUGCUGAGAGACUGCUAGUAUUUGAAUAUAUGUUCAAUGGUAAUUUAAGAGAGUGUUUGGAUGGGGCUUCUGGAAAAUUCUUGGAUUGGGGUACUCGUGUUGCAAUUGCAAUUGGAGCUGCCAAAGGUUUGGAAUAUCUCCAUGAAGCAGCUGCACCAAAAAUCUUGCAUAGAGAUGUCAAAUCCUCUAACGUACUCUUGGAUGAUACAUGGAGAGCAAAGAUAACUGAUCUUGGAAUGGCUAAACAUUUAAGGAAUGAUGAUCUUCCCAGCUGUCCCAGUUCUCCAGCUAGAAUGCAGGGGACUUUUGGCUAUUUUGCACCAGAAUACGCAAUUGUUGGAAGAGCUUCUCUUAAGUCAGAUGUUUUCAGUUUUGGGGUAGUUCUUCUUGAGCUGAUUAGUGGUCAGCAUCCUAUCCGUAAAACAGUGAAUAAAGGAGAAGAGAGCCUCGUUAUUUGGGCUACUCCACGUUUACUGGACAGCAAGAGAGUGAUUAUGGACUUACCAGACCCACAAUUGAAAGGGAAUUUCCCCGAAGAAGAGAUGCAUAUAAUGGCUUACUUGGCGAAGGAAUGUUUGCUGUUAGAUCCUGAUUCUAGACCAACAAUGAGUGAGGUUGUGCAAAUACUUUCAACCAUUGCUCCAGAAAAAUCUAGAAGGCAAAACUUCCCUCUAAAUAUUUUUCAGAACUCUAGUCAUUGCAUUAAAAGUGGUGUAGACGUUGAGAGGGCUGACAAACCAGUUGAGAGUGCUUUUGGCGCUAAGGAGUUCAAGGGAGUCACAUCCAACAGCUUGUCAGCUCAAUGUUCACUGCCAUUAGAUAUAAUAGAAAGCAAACCUUCUGUUGACGAGAACGGGCAAGAAGUAGAUUCCCUUUCUACAGAGCAGAUUGAGCGAUACAUCCUCCUUACUUCAAAAGCUAGAAGUUUGAGUUCCCAAGAUGAAGCAGUGGACUUAACUGAGCCCAGAUUUGAAUCAUUCUGCAUGGAAAACAUUAGUUCCUGAGACCUGAGUAAUGCUACAGCAGAACUAGCAACAUUGAGCCUAGGUAACAUGCAUUCUGGUGGUAUCCAUUCACUCUAGUUUCUUUCCCAGUUAUAUUUUCUCCAUAGGGGAAAACUGGAAGGGGAUUCAGUGGCAAUGUGGACAAUGCAGUCUGGUUACCUUUCAAAUUGCAAGUUGUUCAUAAAGGGAAGGAGAUUACAGCCAAGACUUGCGGCUUGACCUUGAUUUUUUUGUUUUGUUUUUUCCAGUUACAGUUUCCAUAGAAAAUGCUUAAAUGCUUGUUUCAUUUUUUCAUUUGUUAAUAUAAAAAAUAUAGAGAAAAUUCAAAUUAAUUUCAUUUAUUUGCAAUGACGACUUCUUACUUGGUGCUGGUUACAUUUGCAAAUUACCAAGAGCUUGUGUAUGAUGACAUGCUUAGAAUUGAAAUUCUCCAAGUUAGUGGCAAAAAGAAUUAGUAGCCGGAAGUUCAUGCCUACAUCU